UGCUAGAAUCCCUUUUUUAAGGAUAAAAAUGCAAUAGAUAACUCCCGAACCCCAGGCCGCCGGCGUCGGCCCUGCCUCCGGAACCGCGGUUGGGAUUUCGGUCACUUAACCUUUAUACACCAUGGAAAAUGGGGAAAGCGUAAAUCGAAGAAGAAAGAGGAUGGGAGACGAUACAACCGGCGAGAAUCAGAUUCAGGCGCGCCUCAUCAUCCCUGAUUUCCUCUCCCUUCAAGAGUGCAAGGAAUUGGAAUUCAUUCAUCGGAGCUGCUCCACCGUCGGUUACCGUCCCAACGUCUUCUCCACCACUCUGUCUCACCUCAUCGCCACCAAUUCUCCGCAGCUCAUCAUCCCUUUCCUCUCCAUCCGCGACCGCCUGAAAGAAAAGGUCGAGGAGUUCUUCGGCUGCGAGUACGAGCUUUCCGUCGAGUUCACCGGUUUAAUUAGCUGGACGCGGGGCGCAAGCAUAGGCUGGCACACUGAUGACAACAGGCCUUACCUCAAACAGCGUCACUUCACUGUAUCUAUGCGUCUUCUCCUUCUCUGUUUCUCCAUUUGUUCGAUCUUGUGGUCACUGUUAGCUGUUUUUCUGAUAUGCUUUCUGUUGUUGUCAAAGGCAGUCUGCUAUCUGAACACUUAUGGCCAGGAUUUCAAAGGUGGCCUUUUCCACUUCCGGGAUGGUCACCCGAAUACUGUCGUCCCAACCGCCGGGGCUGUUUCGAUUUAUACCGCUGAUGACCGCAAUGUUCAUUCGGUGGAUGAGAUACUUGAAGGAGAAAGAUUGACCCUUGCAAUGUGGUUUAGCCGCGACAGUGCACAUGAUGAAGAUACUAAACUUAUAUCCCUUCUGUCUUCAAACAUGCCUUGCUCUUCAAGCAAAGUUUCUGAAGAGUUGCUGCUGCCUAAGCCUGCUUCCAGCAAUAUGUACUGGUUUUGUCCGGAUCAAGAGCAGAAUGAAGAAUCAGGGUUUGAUAUAUGUUGUGCAAGGAUUUAUGUUGCUGGGUUUGAUGUCUAUUCUACCGAAGAAGAGUUAUCUUGUUCUGAUUUCUCUGAACUGCUGCAGCAGCCCCUGCAACUAGCAAGGAGUAAUGUGCUGUUUGAGCAAGAGUUCACCAAUGUGUUGCAUGCACUGCAGGCGGUACAAUUUUAUCUGUGGAAGGGGACAACACCAGAAGAUUCUGAGGGAGUUAGAAAGAGGAAAAUAAGUUUACUGUCUGAGUUGGAGCAGGGGAAGGUUGCUUCUAUGAAAUCCAUGUUUGUGAAGGAUAAUGAACUGGCGAAUAAGAUGUUUCGUGACGAUAAAUGCUGUCUGCAUGAAUUCGACUGGGCUGAGUUCACUGUUUCUGUCGAUGAACUGGAACGCUAUUCUCGUAGACUACAGAAAGAGUUGGUAAUGAGCUUACCUCAUUGGAAAACCCAGCAAAUCAUAUAUAAAGCUACCUUGUAAUGGUCUCGAGUUCUAUGCCCCUGCAGAAUCUGGACUUCACCUUCGAUGCCAUAAUAAGCAACACGAACUUCAUCCGACGAGAUCUGAAGCGUCAUGAACCCCUGGCCAUCGUAGUAGAACUUCAUCUCCUUGGGAUCCCACGAGCUGAUAUCACCCUUCCACGCUUUCGACCCUGCCCCACUGGUGAGAAACUGAAGCUUGGUCCGGCUGCUGCUGAUAUGCUCCAGGCAGUGGUCGUGCCCAUUCACGUACAGAUCCACACCGUGUGCCUCCAAGAUGGGAAGCAGUUGAGCCUCCAGCUCCACGGUGUUGCCAUGGUGGCCCGCACUCUUGAUCGUGUGAUGCCCCACCACGAUCUUCCACCUCGCCUUCGACACUCUGAGCGCUGAGUCCAGGUCAGCCAUGAGGUUGGACAGGUAGGUAGCUCGGUCUGGAAUGAGGCCGCUCCAGUCGUAGACGUGGUCCUCCGGGUCGGUGAAGUACUUGUCGGAGAAGGGCGUGGUGUCGACGAAGAAGAACUCGGCCAGGUUGGUGUUGAGAAUGAAUGAUCUCAUGCAGAGCCAUCUGGGGUCCUUCUCUUGUAGGGCUGUGCUCAGUUGUGCUUCUACGUUGCCUCUGUAGUCGUGGUUCCCCAACACUGGAAGCAUUGCAUGGGGUUACUAGGUUAAAAAAUGAUUUUACCUGGUCGAGCUUUUUUACUGCUAUUAUAUGGGGAUGAAACUAACCGGGGAGGAGGGGUAAAUUAAUUACCGUUGUACCACUGCUUCUGCAGGCUGGGUGCUGUGUAGAUGUCGGCAAAGGAAUGGUCAAAAUUGGGGUCGUCGACUCCUGUUAAUCCGUCAUCGUAGAAGUUAUCUCCCGUUGAUAUCACGAAGUCGAUUUUUGCUGCCUCUGCAAUUGCCCCCAUCUGUGAAAAGGUAACAAAUUUGUGGCGCAGUAAUUAGCGAAUUGAGAAGUUACCACUGCGGUGAAUUAGCUUGCCCAAGGCAUGUCGCUUUCAAGCAACAAGUACAACCAUACAAAUGCAAUCAAAUAACAUAUAAGAGUGAGCCGACCUGCCACACCCCACACUCGAGCGGGUAUUAUCCAACCUGACCAACGCUUAGUAUGGAGUGGGUAUGGGUAGUUAAGAUUGAGGUUUGGACAUGAUGAAAAGCUAGCUAGAGAGAAGAAGGAAAGAGAGAAUAUUAUUGCGUACCUGAGUGGCAACUCGAGUUUGGUUGUAGGCUCCUUUCCUUCCCCAGUCGCCGACCACCAACACGGCCAGGGAUCCGGCGGCGGUGUCGUGCUCCAGACGCGGCAGCUCGGCCGUCGCGGCCACGAACCAUACGACGGAUAGCAAAACGGCCACCGAAGCUACUGGUUGUUGUGGAUGGCGGGACAUGGUGACCAGCCAGAAGGAGAUAAAAGUAAAGGGAGAAAAAGAGAUAAAGUGGCCGGGGACGAAGGAAGGAAACGAAAUCCACUGAUUUAGGUGACAACGAGCGGCGCCUAAUCUCACUUCUAUUUAUAUUUACACAAAGCACUAAGGGGUAGGGAGGAAAGUGACACUUUUGAAUCCACGUCGGGUCGAUUAAAGAAACCGAGUCCGGUGAUUUCUUUUCAUAAAUUACAGUAAUGGGGUCGAGGUAAGGCCAACGAAAGAACGAAUGGUGGAACUAUAUAUAUUAUAUUAUAUAUAGAGAUAAAA